AUGGCUGCUGCUGCUGCUGCUGUUCAGCUCCUGUUGGCUGCCACCCUGUGGACGAUGCCUCACAUGGGAGCUGCUGCUGCUGUGCUGUCAGACUCCACAGAGCUGCUCAACACGACCAGAGCCGCAGCUGAGAUACAGUCUGACUUGAGGAUGUUCAGUGGAGCUGAGGGUGUGUCUCGCAGCAGACGUAGGCGAGCCAUUUCAGCCAGAGACUUGAACGCCCUGCUGGAUUACCACAACCGAGUUCGCUCUCAGGUCUCCCCGCCUGCUGCUGAUAUGGAGUACAUGCUGUGGGAUGAGGCACUUGCUAGGUCAGCCGACUCUUGGGCUUCACGAUGCGUUUGGGAUCACGGGCCGACACAAGCCAUGAAAUAUAUGGGCCAGAACCUGUCAAUCACUUCAGGAAGGUACCAGUCCAUCACAGAUAUGGUCAGGUCCUGGCACAAUGAGAGGCAUCAUUUCUCCUACCCCAACAGAUGCACUGGAUCUGUGUGCUCUCACUACACUCAGAUGGUUUGGGCGAGCACCAGUAGAGUGGGAUGUGCUGUCAGGAAAUGCUCCAACAUGCAUGUGUUUGGCAGCAUCUGGAGAGAAGCAACACUGCUGGUCUGCAACUACUCUAUAAAGGGAAACUGGGUGGGAGAGGCUCCCUAUAAGACUGGGAGGCCUUGUUCUGUCUGUCCGUCCAGCUAUGGAGGCUCCUGCUGGAGGAACCAGUGCUCACCAAACACAAAACCCAGAAAACUCUAACAAAACAUAGAAGACAUUAACACAGCAAGAUGUUUUAAAUAAAAUUUUACUGAAGAAGGAAAAAUAUUCAGCUUUAUCUAACCCAACAGUUUCAUACCAGGACAAGUCUGAUGAAGCUGUCCAGUUACCACUACUACCAUGUUUAUUGUAAAUACCUACUUAUGACAGACAGUUUAUCCUCAUUGCUCUUGUUUAUCCACAUCAGUAAAGAAAUAAUAUUGAAAACAAAAAUAUUUUUUUAAUGUAUGAAAUAGUUGUUUUUUGUUUUUUUACUUUUUGCACUGUUAUUGAUGGAUUUGUGAUCUUGAAUGACUUCUGAGAGGCAUUAACAUAAAAAAUAAGCACUUUUACUGCACAGAUUGCAUAUUCUAACCUUGGAUUGUUAUUGAUUAUCUUUUUAACCUGAUAAAUAAAAUCUUUUUCCUUUAUUCAGCAUGAAUAGCUGUCAAGUCAUUUCUACAAUAAAGUGAGAAUGUGUGUAA